CGCCUUCUGCCCUGCUCUCUUCUGUUCUGCUCUUGCAAGAAACCACUUUGCUGGUGUAUCUUGAGACUUAGCAGCUCUUCAGCUGAGCCUGAGCAUUUUCCAGAAGCAAGCUAGCAGAAUGGCUUCCGAGAAGGUUCACAUCAACAUCGUGGUUAUCGGCCAUGUCGAUUCAGGGAAGUCCACCACCACCGGUCACAUGAUUUACAAGCUGGGAGGAAUCGACCAGAGUGUCAUCGACCGUUUCGAGGAGGAGGCCACCGAGAUGAACAAGCAGUCUUUCAAGUACGCGUGGGUGCUCGACAAGCUCAAGGCUGAGCGCGAGCGAGGUAUCACCAUCGACAUCGCCUUGAUGAAAUUCGAGACCUCCAAAUACUCGUGCACUGUGAUCGAUGCUCCCGGCCACAGGGACUUCAUCAAGAACAUGAUCACGGGAACAUCUCAGGCCGAUUGUGCUCUGCUCAUGAUCGACUCCACCACAGGAGGUUUUGAGGCUGGUUUCUCCAAAGAUGGCCAGACCAGAGAGCACGCUCUGUUGGCUUUCACUCUGGGAGUAGAGCAAAUGAUCUGCUGCUGCAACAAGAUGGACGCCACGUCUCCACCUUACUCCCAGGAGAGAUACGAGGAGAUUAAGCAGGAAGUGUCGGGAUACUUGGAAAUGGUCGGAUACAAUCCAGAGAACAUCCCGUUCGUCCCCAUCUCGGGAUUCCAGGGCGACAACAUGAUCGAGAAGUCUGAAAACCUCGAAUGGUAUGAGGGACCGACUCUUCUGGAGGCCCUGGACAACGUAACCGAGCCGAAGAGACCAUCUGACAAGCCUCUGAGGCUGCCCCUUCAGGAUGUAUACAAGAUCGGAGGCAUCGGAACUGUCCCCGUUGGUCGUGUCGAGACUGGUGUGAUCAAGCCUGGUAUGAUGGUGUGCUUUGCUCCUACCGGACUGACCGCCGAGGUCAUGUCCGUGGAGAUGCAUCACGAAGCUUUGAGCGAAGCAUUGCCCGGCGACAAUGUGGGAUUCAACGUGAAGGAUGUAUCAGCUAAAGAGUUGAAGCGUGGAUUCGUGGCUUCGGACUCGGAGAACGACCCUGCGAGGGAGGCAGCGAGCUUCACGUCGCAGGUGAUCAUCAUGAACCACCCGGGACAAAUCGCCAAUGGCUACGCACCGGUGCUCGACUGCCACACAUCGCAUGUUGCUGUGAAGUUCGCAGAGGUUCUGUCGAAAAUCGACCGGCAUUCGGGAGAGGAGCUGGAGCAAGAGCCCAAGUUUUUGAAGAGUGGAGAGGCCGGAAUGGUGAAAAUGAUUCCUUCGAGGCCCUUGACGGUCGAGGCCUUUGCAGAAUACCCACCUCUGGGUCGCUUCGCAGUUCGGGAUAGUCGACAAACCGUGGCAGUCGGUGUCAUCAAGGCAGUGGAGAAGAAGGACCCGGCCUGUGAAAAGUGAGCAAGUCAGCAUGCUCGAGAAGCAAGAAGUGACCUGAACACGCGCAUGAAAGUUUUGAUGUGUACAUGAGAGUUUCAAGAUUCACUUCGGCAACUCCCUCUGUUGCGUGCAACAACCAAAUUCCGCCUUUCAAGGAAUGAUCGGGAACAGAAGGGAGUGAAGGAAUAGGUGCGGCCUUCAAUCGGCACAUGCCCUGUGAAUAAAAUUAGAAAGGGGUCGAAUGGCCUCAGAGGGGGAUCCGUUCCAAUCAUAUUCAGUUCAGAUUGAUAUCCAGUAGCCGUCGAGAUGGAGUUCAACAGUUGAAACUUACAGGACUGGCAGUGAAGACCGGAGAAGAGAAGUUAAGGUGAGAUACAACUCUCCUGGUUAGAGAAGGAGCAGACUUUCUCAGAAGAGCAGAAUUGACAGACUUGAUAGAUGUAAAAGAGUGAGAGAAAGGAGGUGGGCAAUCGAUUCAACAAUUGACUUAAGCCAGAUUAGGAGAUCCAUCCGGAAGCGCAAGAGGUUAAAUUUAAGAGUGCAGCACUGAUUACCAGAACUGAUUUGCUUGAAAUCGGAUCCUUCAAAUUGAGGACUUGUAACAA